UGGAAAUAAAUGGCUCUUCAUCUAAUCGCUCCACUGGCAACAGGAAGACCCAACCAGAUGACAUCUAUUCCCUGCAGGGAUGUGUGGCUUUUCAAGUUAUUUCUAUUUCUACUGAUACUUACAGGGACUGCCCAGGAUGAGUCUCGGAUCAUUGGGGGUCAAGAGUGCCCCAAGCAUGCUCAACCUUUCCAGGUCAUCCUCUCCAACGGGAAGAAAAAUGAACCUGAUGUCCAGUGCGGUGGCGUCUUGAUAGACAAAGACUGGGUACUUACUGCAGCUCACUGUGACCAGCAGGGGGAUAUUCAUACCCGGUUGGGUGAUCAUAGCCUUCGAGACAUUGAGGGCUCCGAGCAAUGCAUCACCUCUGAGCAGAAAUUCCGACAUCCAGCCUUCAAUCCUACCACACACGACAGUGACCUCAUGCUGCUAAAGUUGCGCGAUUCCGCCAUGAUCAACCAGUACGUCCGACCCAUUGAACUGGCUACGGAAUGCGCUCAGCCUAACACUCAUUGUGAGGUAUCAGGCUGGGGCACGAUCAGGUCACCACAAGUUGAAUACCCUGACCUCCUACAGUGUGCACAAGUCUACACAAUAUCCCAUGAAGACUGCAAACAGGCAUACUCAAGCUCUAUCACGGAAAAUAUGCUAUGUGCUGGUGUGAGAGGAGGAGGUGUGGACUUUUGUCAGGGCAAUUCCGGGGGACCCCUAGUUUGCAACAACAGACUCCAAGGGGUCGUCUCCUGGGGGAUGCAAAUCUGUGCCCAACCUGGGAAGCCUGGAGUUUAUACAAGCAUCUGUCAAUUCAUCGAGUGGAUUCGUGACACCAUGCAGAGAAAUUCAGGCAACCGAGCGGCUUAUUCCCGCUAGUGCAAUAGGAAGACUUCACUGUAUUGGGAGGGAUCCCGAUGUCAGAAUAAAUGCUCUAGGAAAUUAAAUAUUAGCUUUCUC